AUGGAUUUCUCUGCCAGCACUGCUCUUCUCUUGACUAUCUCCUGCUGCCUGUGGAAUACCGAAGCCCGAAAGGUUAAUUCUGUGCUCACUGUGCCAAAUGGGGAUCAAUUGGGUGAAUGGGGUCCAGCUUCAUAUUGCAAAAAAGGCUAUGCUAAUGCCUUCUCCCUGAAGGUGGAAAAACGCCAAGUGAUAGGGGAUGAUACAGCUCUGAAUGGAAUCCGCUUGUACUGUACUGAUGGCCAAGCAAUUGAGUCUAAAGUUGGACCGUGGGGAAUUUGGACCAAUGUACAAUUCUGCCACACAGGUUACUUGAUUUCUUUUUCUCUGAGAGUGCAACAAAGGACAUACAAGGGUGAUGAUACAGCAGCAAACAACAUCCAGUUCACCUGCAGGGAUGGUACUCGCUUGAUUGGCCUUGGGAUGAGCUGGGGUGCAUGGGGUCCAUGGAGCCAUCAGUGCCUGUCAGGUGGCAUUUGUGGGAUGAGAACAAGGGUGCAGGAUUAUCAGGGCGCUGGUGAUGACACAGCACUCAAUGAUGUGCAAUUUUUCUGCUGUUAA